AGAGACUCGCGGGUGAAAGGUCGAGCGUCAGCCGGCCCCGCCCCCUGGCGCGCUGGCGUGCCGGACGCUCAGAGAUCUUUGCGUUUCGGAAGCUCUUGGUGUGGCUGCGACCCGAGAAGAGAAGCUGGGUUCGUGGGGCUGCUGCCGCCGUCACAGGAAAUAAGUAACCAUGGUGCUCAACAGUUUGGAUAAGAUGAUUCAUCUCCAGAAAAACACUGCCAACAUCAGGAAUAUUUGUGUUUUGGCUCACGUUGACCAUGGAAAAACUACUCUGACUGACUGUCUUAUAUCUAGCAGUGGAAUCAUCUCCAGCCGCCUAGCGGGCAAGUUAAGGUACAUGGACAGCAGAGAAGAUGAACAGAUCCGAGGGAUCACUAUGAAAUCCAGUGCCAUUUCACUACAUUAUGCAACAGGUAAAUCAAUCUGUUUUACAGAAACACAGCUUUGUAUCUUUCAUGUCCUCCUCUCUCUUUCUGAAUUAAUUGCAUGCCUCAGUGUCUUUGCUUAUAUUCUACAUAUUUUAUUCUGGCCUUUCCACAUGAUCUGUUGUCAGAGUCAGGCUGUCCAGGCUUGGAUGCAGAGGGAAGCCUCUGACUGGCUUGCGGGCAGAAGAACUGGCAGUUCACACUGGCCCCCUCCACCAGGUGCUUGUAUGGAUUUCUUCACAAGGAAAGUCAGGAGCCCUAGGACUUUAGCUGGUUCAGCCUUACUAUUCUGCCUCAUGAUAUUAAUUAAAGAUGGAAAGAAGUGUGCCUGUGUGGAUUUAAAAAUUGACAAAAGAAUAGGAGGCCUUCAAGAUUUUGUGCUGAAAUCUGCAACACUGUGUAGCCUGCCAUCCUGCCCACCAUUUAUACCACUCAACUUUGAAGCCACUCCUAUUGUGAGAGUUGCUGUUGAACCAAAACAUCCAAGUGAAAUGCCUCAGCUCGUAAAAGGAAUGAAACUGUUAAACCAGGCUGAUCCCUGUGUCCAGAUUUUAAUUCAGGAAACGGGAGAGCACGUUUUAGUCACAGCAGGAGAAGUCCACCUUCAGCGAUGCCUGGAUGACUUAAAAGAAAGGUUUGCAAAGAUUCAUAUCAGUGUAUCUGAACCUAUUAUUCCAUUCAGAGAAACAAUCACAAAACCCCCAAAAGUUGACAUGGUCAAUGAAGAAAUAGGCAAACAGCAAAAAGUUGCAGUCAUACACCAAAUGAAAGAAGAUCAAAACAAAAUCCCUGAAGGAAUCCAAGUUGACUCUGUUGGACUAAUCACCAUAACAACUCCCAAUAAACUUGCCACGCUCAGUGUUCGAGCCAUGCCCCUUCCAGAAGAAGUCACCCAGAUUCUUGAGGAAAAUAGUGAUUUGAUUCGUUCUAUGGAGCAGUUGACAUCCUCUUUGAAUGAGGGUGAAAAUACUCAGGUCAUUCAUCAGAAGACCCAAGAGAAAAUUUGGGAAUUCAAAGGAAAACUAGAGCAACACCUAACAGGGAGAAGAUGGAGGAACAUUGUUGACCAAAUCUGGUCAUUUGGCCCAAGAAAAUGUGGGCCCAACAUACUAGUCAAUAAAAGUGAAGACUUUCAGAACUCAAUAUGGACAGGUCCAGCUGCCAAAGCUUCAAAAGAAGCCAGUAGAUACCGAGAUUUGGGCAAUAGCAUUGUGAGUGGCUUCCAACUGGCAACCCUCUCUGGCCCCAUGUGUGAGGAGCCUCUCAUGGGUGUCUGUUUUAUUCUGGAAAAAUGGGACCUAAGUAAAUUUGAGGAACAAGGAGCAAGUGAUCUGGCAAAAGAGGGACAGGAGGAAAAUGAAACCUGUUCUGGUGGAAAUGAAAACCAAGAGCUACAAGAUGGCUGCUCUGAGGCCUUUGAGAAGAGGACAUCCCAGAAAGGAGAAUCUCCACUCACUGACUGCUAUGGACCUAUCUCAGGACAGCUAAUUGCCACUAUGAAAGAAGCAUGUCGCUAUGCACUGCAAGUGAAACCUCAGCGCCUCAUGGCAGCCAUGUACACAUGUGACAUCAUGGCCACCGGUGAUGUUCUUGGUCGAGUCUAUGCUGUCUUGUCAAAGAGAGAAGGUCGAGUACUUCAAGAAGAAAUGAAAGAAGGAACAGACAUGUUCAUCAUCAAGGCUGUGCUGCCUGUUGCUGAAAGCUUUGGUUUUGCUGAUGAAAUCAGGAAGAGGACAAGUGGCCUGGCCAGCCCGCAACUGGUAUUCAGCCAUUGGGAGAUCAUUCCCAGUGACCCCUUCUGGGUGCCAACUACUGAGGAGGAGUACUUGCACUUCGGGGAGAAGGCUGACUCUGAGAACCAGGCCCGGAAGUACAUGAACGCGGUACGAAAGCGGAAGGGGCUCUAUGUGGAAGAAAAGAUUGUGGAGCAUGCAGAAAAGCAGAGGACACUCAGCAAAAAUAAGUAGCUAUCUACUAUUGGUGGAUUCUUUUCCUUAUAGUGAAUUAAAAAGUAUCAUCAAGGGUUUAAUAUUGGGAAAAUUUCUUUUUGCCACAUUAUCUGUGUAUUCACUUUUAAUAAAGUUGAUCCAUAUAAAUAUUUUAAAGAGGAUGUUAG